AUGAAUAGACCAGAGUGCUCAGUUCAUAGGUCCAGUCCGACGGGAACACCUUGCAUUCUUCCGGUCGCCGCAAGAGUGGUAGAUCGCCACUGCCACGGGAGGGCUUGCACAACAGAAAACAGAAAUAACGCGUGGUAAGUCUCGGUUUUGGCCGCUUCGAGCCCGCGUAGUCAUGCUCAGCCCACGGAUCACGCCCCUCUUGAUGUCACGGUACUUCAGCACGAUUUGGCACCACGACAUUCAACUUGAGACGCCCAGGCGCCUCCUUUUCGAGCUCGCCGAUCUGCUUGCUCCUGCCUACGGCGUCUCGUCCAGUCCACGCGCGAAAAGCUUCUCGACGGCACAUGAGAAAUGGACGCGCCGAGCAGGAAAGCUGCUGGCGUGA